GGAAAAAACCACCUCUAAAACAGCAAAACAAGACGAAGCAGAUUCUUUAGCCAGCUUUCAAAUCCUUUCCCUCCUUUUCUUUCUUAUGCAAAUGAUUCAUGAGUUAUCAGAAGGUCUUCCGAUUGAUAAAAUAUGAGGUAGUACCAUCAACCAAAACAUAAAUUAAGCCUUACAAAUGAUUAGAGCAUCUACACAAGUCAACAGAGAAACCUUGAAAUAUACAAAAUCCACCUCUUUCUUAGUGCUCGAAUUCUAUUAUCCUCCCAUGACUUUAGCUAGUAAAUGGAUUAAAGCACAAGUUUCCGACUGGAAUUUCCGUUGGUAUGGAGUAGGAUAAGCAUAUUAGCUUAGCUGUUAACAGAUUACACCUACACUGCACGUAUUACAAAAUUCUUUUAUAAAUGAUCUAUGAUACCAGUUCUCUAUCUUCCCUCUUGAUUUACACUGAUUUUUCAUGCGUUACCCAAAGAACGACAACAUGGCUAUGCAAAGUGAUCAUCAUCUUCUAGAGAAUGUAUGGGCGAGCUAUAUUGGAGGCGAAGGAGGCAAGCCAACAAGCAUGAGUGACCAAGAUCAGGUUUCCAAAACAUGGGAACUCGAUGGAAGAGAUGGGACAGCGGAGAUGCUUGAGAGGCUGCCAAGUCUAGGUAGGUGGAUAUCAAUGGGAGCUGAAACCUGGGAAGAACUUCUAGCAGGAAUAAACAUCCCCACAAGUACCAAUACGAAACUUUCUUGCAAUGAAAACAUGCCAUCAUCAGAAAACAGAAGCCUCAACAAACCGAUUAAUGGUGUAAAAGGAGAGAACAAGAAAGUGGCUACAAGACAUUACAGGGGAGUAAGGAGAAGGCCUUGGGGUAAAUACGCGGCAGAGAUAAGAGACUCGUCGAGAAAAGGAGCAAGAGUUUGGCUUGGGACUUUUGAUACAGCAGAAGCAGCAGCUUUAGCUUACGAUAAAGCUGCUUUGAGAAUUAGAGGACCUAAGGCAUAUCUCAAUUUCCCACUUGAGACAGUUGCUAAGGCCAUGGGAAUUGAUAUGGAAUUAGAGAAGAAUGAUGACGCGAUGGUUGACGAGCCUGCAUUGGCGACUGUGGAAGCUUCGACGUCGUUUGGGAAUGACUUCAAUAUAGUAGAAUUUCAGGACCUGGGUAGUGAUUACUUGGACAGUUUGCUGUCUUCCUUUUGAACAGAAAAGGACAUAAGAUAUAUAGCUAGGGUAUAUAUAUUAUUUGUU